UUUCAGUGCUGGCUCUGCAGCCGACGAGGGUGUCAGUAAACACCGCCUGCCAAUUUCACCGUUAGACACAACGUAUCUGUGUAUCGUAGCCAACACGAAACCUGUUUACUGUGUGGUGAGUGACCGAUUAAAUCAUGGAUAGUCGGAAACGUCCCAGAGAGGAUUUAGCACGCAAUUCAACCGAUAAUUUCAAAACCCCAGAGAAGCGGGUGUCAGUGGUCCCACGCCGGGGUAAGAGCUCCACGCAGUCGGAUGUAGAUUUCAGAAACUGGGACAUUGAUACAACUUGUAGUUAUCUUCGUCGUGAAGGACUUGAAGAAUGGGAGGGCAAAUUUAAAGAGCAUCAGAUCACUGGGGUGGGUCUGCGGUACCUCACAGAGGCCCAACUGGAGAAGAUUGGCAUUGGACCUUUGGGAAAACGCCUUCAGAUACUCCACAGCCUGCAGAAACUAUGGCAGAUCACAAGCGUGCCUAUGAAGGUCUUCAACGACCCCAUCCAUGGCCACAUUGAACUGCACCCACUCCUGGUGUGCAUCAUCGACACACCUCAGUUCCAGAGGCUCCGCUACAUCAAACAGCUGGGUGGGACCUACAUGGUGUUCCCUGGGGCGUCCCACAACCGCUUUGAACACUCUGUCGGGGUUGGCUAUCUGGCUGGCCGGCUGGUCCAAGCCCUAAACGAACGACAACCGGAGCUGCUCAUAACCAAACAGGACAUCCUAUGUGUGCAGAUUGCAGGCCUGUGCCAUGACUUGGGACAUGGGCCUUUCUCACACAUGUAUGAUGGAAUGUUCAUCCCCAAAGUUCGGCCUGAUUGCAAGUGGAAGCACGAGAUGGCCUCUGUAAAGAUGUUUGACCACUUGGUGAAGGAGAACGGUCUGGAGCCAGUGAUGCGGGAGCACGGCCUGACCCUCCCCGAUGACCUGGUGUUCAUUAAGGAGCAGAUCGCUGGACCCCUGGAGAACCACGCCCCGGCUCGCAAAGGCCAGGCCCCUGUAAGUUGCCAUGGCAACCCUAUGGCGUGGCCCUACAAAGGCAGACCUGAGGAGAAGUCCUUCUUGUACGAAAUCGUGGCCAACAAAAGGAACGGCAUCGACGUGGACAAGUGGGACUACUUUGCGAGGGACUGUUACCACCUUGGUAUCCAGAACAACUUUGACUAUCGGCGCUUCCUGAAGUUUGCCCGCGUGUGCGACGUCAAGGGGACGAAGCACAUUUGCACGAGAGAAAAGGAAGUGGGGAACCUGUAUGACAUGUUCCACACACGGAACUGCCUCCAUCGCAGAGCCUACCAGCACAAGGUUGGCAACAUCGUUGAGACCAUGAUUACAGAGGCUCUGGUAAAGGCAGAUCCCUACAUCCAGAUCCAGGGCUCAGGAGGGAAGAUGUUCACUCUCUCCACAGCCAUAGAUGACAUGGAUGCCUACACUAAACUCACAGACAACGUGUUUGAGCAGAUCCUCUAUUCGUCUACUGAGGAGUUGGCAGAAGCCCGAGAGAUCCUCCAGAACAUCAUCUGCCGGCGGCUGUACAAGUGUGUGGGUCAGACACACCCCACCAAUCACAUGGACGUGUCCCAGGGUAAGCUGCUGGAGUGGGCUAAAGACGUGGCCAGGUCCAAACCCAGUGGCACAGACGUGGAGUUCCAAGGCGAGGAUUUCGUUGUCAACGUCAUCCACAUGGACUACGGCAUGAAGGGCAAGAACCCGAUCAACAACGUCCGGUUCUACUGCAAGAACGACCCCACCAAAGCCAUCAAAAUCCGCAAGAAUCAGGUGUCCCAACUGCUGCCGGAGAAGUUUGCGGAGCAGCUGAUCCGUGUGCACUGCAAGCGCACAGACGAGCGCAGCCUGGAGGCGGCCAAGAAGUACUUUGUGCAGUGGUGCAUGGACAUGAACUUCACCAAGCCGCAGGAUGGAGACGUGACUGCACCAGAACUGACCCCUUUGAAAGCAAGCUGGGCCAGCACCGAUAAUGACGAUGAUGAUGAUGACGAUGAUGACGAUGAUGACGAAGAUGAGGGCAUAAGUUAUCCGGCAAGCAAACACAGCACACCCCAAAAUGGCGACUUGAAAGUGAAAACCCGGCUUGCAUUAUAGAGGAAGGUUGUCUUACAGAGGAAGAAGCUGAGCAUCAUCAUUGCUGUGGCGUUCAGGUGGGAUGCCACUCUGUCUCACCACAAGGUGGCAGCAAAGUGCAUUUACCAGGGCAGAGAUGGGAGAGCCUAAUUGAGAAAAGAGAGAGGCUCAGGCCCUUGGACAGACCUCUCUGGUUAUCCCCAAAGCUGUUCUUGGCAUCUUGUAUUUAUAAAGAGUGCAGGGCCCUUUAUUUUUCCAUAUGUUUUUUAUUUGUGUUUUAUAUGAUAGAUUUAGUACUCUUUAGUGUCUUCUAGAAACUUCUGAGGGGAUGUGUCAUAGUUGGAGGAAAGUACUUGUUGAAUACUAACUCGCAAAGCACAUUUUACUCCUCUAAUGUUGACUGGAAGUCUACCUCUGAAGUGUCAUUUUUAAUUUUCCUCAGUUAUGCCAGUAUCAGUUAUCAGAAAUCGCAAAACAAAUGUUACAUUAUCCUGGUGCAUAUAUUCCUAAGACCAAAAGUUGCAAUCAAUGGUUUGUUUUGGACUAUCGUAUGUAAGCCAGUUUCUGUGCAUUGAAUGUAUAUUUAUUUGACCUUUAUAUCUGUGCUUUAAAGUUGUUAUACUUAGCAUAUUGGAAUAGGGGUGUUUACAUGUCUAGUUCAUUUAGCUCAGUUUAGUUUAAUUCCACAUAUCUUCCUAGUUAUCCAUAUUAGUUUAUAGCCUGGUGUCAGGUGUGAGUGACAACAAAUCCAGUGUACAGUGUGUUUUUACUCUUUCUUUUUAAGCGCGUUUUAUUUAGUUGAUGUAUUGCGUGCUGCCUUCUGGUCCUCAGCAUUAGAGCAGGGUGUGUGGCACGAGACGAGACAUAAAGCGAUUCCUUUCGUCAUAGACAGUGGGCCCUUUACAGAUUAGAUAACAGGGAAGGCAUUCAGUGUGCCAUUAUUUUGGGUGGUGUGUGAACAUAUAGAGUGGGUUUUUUGUGUGAGUGUUCACUGAGCUUUUUUUUUCUCCUUUCUUUCUGUUGUACCUGUGAAACUUUCCUGUCCUGUUCUGCAUAGUUCUCAUUUGUCUCAUUUGUCAUCUGUUUAUGGCCACUGCCUGCCCCUCAGUUCUGGUGUGGGCUUUUGUACUCUGAACUUUGACCUGCGUUGCUAGCAGUACUUCACUUUCUUGUCAGGAAGUGAGUUGACAUCAAAGCUGCUGACCAUCAUGUUUUAGCUGCCAGUGAUAAUGCACUUUAAAUAUAAUAAAUAAAUACAAAUAAAUGAAUACAAAAAAAAAAAAAACACCAACAAGAAUCAGGAUAUGUCAAGAUAUUUUUGAAAGAUGUUUGUAUUCAUGUGAUUUAUCCAUGCAUGUCUGACCUCAGCGACAGAAUAAAAAAACACCUUCCUCUA